GUUCAAGUCAAGUGAAAAGCUACAAACGUAAAUAGCUACAUGGAUAAAAUUUGGUACACAGGUGUAGCAUCUAAAUUGUAGAUUUCUAUCAAAUUUUGAACGAAAUCCAUUCUGAGGAAGCCUAUCUGUUCAAGUCAAGUGAAAAGCUACAAACGUAAAUAGCUACAUGGAUAAAAUUUGGUACACAGGUGUAGCAUCUAAAUUGUAGAUUUCUAUCAAAUUUUGAACGAAAUCCACUCGGAGGAAGCCUAUCUGUUCAAGUCAAGUGGAAAGCUACAAAACGUAAAUAACUACAUGGAUAAAAUUUGGUACACAGGUGUAGCAUCUAAAUUGUAGAUUUCUAUCAAAUUUUGAACGAAAUCCAUUCUGAGGAAGCCUAUCUGUUCAAGUCAAGUGGAAAGCUACAAAACGUAAAUAACUACAUGGAUAAAAUUUGGUACACAGGUGUAGCAUCUAAAUUGUAGAUUUCUAUCAAAUUUUGAACCAUGUCGGUCAAAGGAUUGACCAUCUGUCAGCAUGAAAUUUCUCUCAUAAUUCAUAAAUGCAGUGACUUAAAUCAAUGAAAUUUGGUAUGACUGCAGUCAUAGUUCCAUGUGAAAUUUUGGAUUUAAUCUGUCAGAAAAAAAGGUGUCAAAAUUACAUAUUCGCUCGACAGAUCCAGAAAUAUUCGAAAAUCACUCCAGAAAUCUAUAUUUCGUAACUAUUGUUCGCUAUUAUUCGUGGAGUUACCUAAAACACACAAUUUUAUGUGGAGGGGUUGGUUGAUUGUGGUUUAAUGGCGCAAGAGUCAUGUUUGGCUAAACUGCGCCAAUCAAAUGGUAAAUGCUGAAGGGAAAAGGUACAAAACUUUUAUUGAAAAGUAUGCGAGAAAGUUUCAAGGAAACCAUUCCCACUGCUUAAAAAAUUAUUUUUUAACCUUGCGAUAGCUAAGAAAUAAAAAUAAAAAUUAUUACUUUACAAAUAAUAUACAUUUAAUUCUGUUAUAGCAAGGCUUUAUUGAUUACUGCCAUAUACUUGCGUAGAAAAUAUAUUAGACGACAUUUAUAAGUUUAUAUAUUUUAACUUGCGUUUUAAUUAGAGGCCAUCAAAAACUUUUUUACCCUGCAAAAAAUUGGGAACGCUGAUCUAAAAAAAACACACAGCUGGAGCUCAGAAAAUCUAUACUACGACACCCCCUCCCCCCUUACUACUUUUUGCUACAAUGAUACCUUUGCGACAUACGAAGGUUCGAUAAUCUAUAUCUUCUAAACGAGAUAUUUCGCUACGAUAUUUUCAGCUUCUAGUUAACAUUCCAGCCAGAACGCAGAAUGACCUUCAGCAAUCACCUUUAGUGACGGUUACAAUUUUAUCUAAGUUAUAACUUACAGCACUGAUAGGCGCUCGAUGAGAGGGGUCAUGACGUCACACGACGCGUUACAGGGAAGUCAUGCGCCGACGGCAACCACUGACUGAUCGAAGCUGCUCCGACGGGCUCACACGUCACUGAAGAAAGUUACAGUUAAAUCGAGCGGUUGUACGGCUUCGCGGAGUGGGAGUUGACCUUGACUUGUAACGAACUUGGAGAUAAUCGUUUCUUCUUGUGAAGCCAAAUUUGAGUGUUAAAUCAAAAAUGCCGUUGAUUUGUUGUGUGCCCGGAUGCCGUGGGAACUAUAGAAAUGGCCUAAAAGUUAGUGUAUUCGGCUUCCCGAAGGAAAAAGAACUUAUUGCAAAAUGGGUGGAAGCUAUUAAACGUAAAGAUUUUCCUCAGUCGAAGUUUAGUCGGGUUUGCGAGCUGCACUUCGAACCCGACCAAAUAAUUCGAGAAGCCUCUGCGUUCGAUCCUAGGACAGGCCGCACCUUGACUGCACCUUUGACAGUACCCCGUCUGAGGAAGGGCGCCGUUCCUUCCCUUUUUUUGCCUUCUUCUGGGCCUGUCGGCAGAACUGGUUUAUACCAGUACAAACUGGCGAACAGAAAAAGAAAGCCUGAACAGAAAGUGAAAGCACAGAAAGGAGAAUCUAAAGCAACUGAUGGAAGUGAACUAGCAAAAUUGUUGCAGACUCUUCCUGAUGCUGAAUCCCAACCUGUUUCUGAACCAUCCAUUGCCAUCAAGCAAGAAGUUGUCGAAUCUGUGAACGAACCUCCAUCACUAGUUAUCAAAAAUAUCCUCUGUGCAGAAGAUUUGGCAUCAUCCUCAAACAGUUCAUUUUCUUCCAGCAAUUUACCUCCUGAUCUUGGAAGCUCGCACCCCGUUACCAAUCCCGAUUCAACAAACGUGGAUGAAUCACAAGAAACAAAUAUUUUAAACAGACUACAGAGAAAAAGAAAAAUAAACUCUGUAGUACCAGAUGCCGAUGGCAGUACUUCAAAGGCUACACGAGCCAAAUUGCAUCGACGUACCAAAACAUCCUCGCCAUCAAUGAGAAACAGGUCGCAUCCUACUGCCGGGACAUCAAAGAAAUCCACUGGAUGUUCCAUUUCAUCAACGAAAAACGCUGAAGAUGGAACUAGAGAGAAGCUCCAAUCUUCGUUAAAUGAUUUUGGAAACAUUCCAUCACUUGGUUCCAGAUCUGGUGGCGAAAAGCAUAGAGACCUGUUCGAUGUGUUCGCAGAUUUCAUUGCCCAAAAACUGAGGGAGAUGAAUUGGGACAAAUGUGCUAGUUCCUUGAGAAAUAUUCUGGACAUUGUUUUCAAAGCAGGGCAAGAGCAACGUGAUAGCGAUGAAGAUAGUGACAUUUCAAGCCCCGACAGUUCCUCGACCUCUUCGUCACAUGAGGAAUAGCUUUGGUUGAUUGUGUAUGAUUCCAAAAACAGUGAAUUUGUGUGAAAUCUAAUUAUCAAAACUAUUAUCAUGAAAGUAACUAAACUUAUGUUAGUUAUUUUCAUGUAAAUCAAGCAUUUCAAAUAAAAUUUAAUUAAUUUA